UGAUCAACGACAAUGCCUUCCCAGCAACAUCAGCGCCUCAUCGCAGGCAUCAAGUGCGCCUUUGAUGCGCUCGACGUCUGUGUGCCCUCGAACGCCAUCGACAACAUCGCCCACCUCGUGGUGACUUCAAUGACGGGCCCACACCGCGUGUACCACGCCGUCGCACACGUCUUUGACGUCGCACCCAAGGACAUCGCACAAGACCCUGUGGCUUACCUCGCCGCCAUCUUUCACGACGUCGUCUACCUGCAGCUGGACGGCGGCAUUGCGCCCUUCUUCCUGCCCAUCCUCCAGCGCGCACGCCUCCUGCUCGUGCCCCACGCCCACAACCUCCCCUUCACCACCAACGAGACCACAACAACAGCAGCAGCGGCGGCGCAGGCACAGGGCAGCGACAACUCCAGUGUGCAGGCCAUUGUGUCAUCUCCACAGCUAGUUGCGAGCUCGCCUGCUGGUGCGCUGCAGCGUGCAUUUGCCCUGAGCAACCCCGCCGAGCUCGCCCUCAUGGCAGGCGAGGUCAUUAGCGAACACCAACACAAAGACAACUUGGCGCUUCUCCCAGCGCAAUCAGGCAUGGGCAGGGCACGGAGCACCAGCAGCUUGGACAGCAUGUGCUCUCACGCAACUGCAACCACAACCACUACAACAACCACAACAACAAGCGACAACCAGGAUGCGGCCACGCUCGCACCAACGGACACGAUGAGCAGCGCCCUGCAGACAACACAGUCUUGGUGGAGCCAGGAUGACAGCAGCGGUGACGUUGCAGCAGUGCCUGCACGACGACGCACGGCUGCGCACCGCACCUGCUACAAGGUGUUUGGGCACGUGCCCGGCGAGACACUGCCGUUCGAGAUUGGCGCGCAGGGGCUCAACGAGUUCCUGAGCUGCGUCAUUGCUGUGGACAUGCUUGCGCCCUUCCUGAACGAGAUGCAGCUGCUGCACCUGUGCGUGUGCAUUGAGGCGACCAUUCCCUUCCGCACUCAGCACAGCGUCGACAUGCUGUACACCCGGUGCGUGGCCGUGGCAACAGAGGACCUGCUCCUUGCCCCUGCGCAUGCUGCCUUGGCAGCGCGCCGCAUGAUGCACAGCGCGUGCCAGAUGGCUGCCCGCGACGUGGGCAACUUCGCGUAUGCAGACACGCGCGGAUUCCUGGCCAACACGUGGAAGCUGCUGCCUGAGCUCAACCCCGCCCUGCGCGACACCAAGGCGAUCGCCGUCCAGGACUGGAUGGCGGCGUUGGCGGGCAACUGGGGCUUCUUCGGCUUCCUGCAACACAACCCAGCACUCAUUUUCCCGCACUUUGACGGCUGCCGCACGUCAGAGCAACAGCAGCAGUUGGAGGAGCAGGCCGUGCGCAACCUGCAGCGAGGCCGCGCCUACCUUGGCGCACGCCUGCUCAGCGCCAGCAUCGUGCACGCCUUGGCGGCCCAACAGGACACGCAAGCUGUGCAGCUCCUUGCACACGACAGCAGCGACAGCGAUGCAGAAGAGCGCACGUUCGACUUUGAGGAUGGGCGUGCAGGCUGUGUGGCAUAUGUGAAGGAGCUGUUGGGGGCUGGCUUUGAUGAGGUGAUGGGUGACUCCGUAUGCGUUGCGCAGACAUCAUGCAAUGUGUCCCUGCGUGUGCUCGAGUGCCUGGAGACACUCAUUUUCCCGCACUUUGACGGCUGCCGCACGUCAGAGCAACAGCAGCAGUUGGAGGAGCAGGCCGUGCGCAACCUGCAGCGAGGCCGCGCCUACCUUGGCGCACGCCUGCUCAGCGCCAGCAUCGUGCACGCCUUGGCGGCCCAACAGGACACGCAAGCUGUGCAGCUCCUUGCACACGACAGCAGCGACAGCGAUGCAGAAGAGCGCACGUUCGACUUUGAGGAUGGGCGUGCAGGCUGUGUGGCAUAUGUGAAGGAGCUGUUGGGGGCUGGCUUUGAUGAGGUGAUGGGUGACUCCGUAUGCGUUGCGCAGACAUCAUGCAAUGUGUCCCUGCGUGUGCUCGAGUGCCUGGAAGAGCUGCAUGGAGGAGACAGCGCUGAGGCUGUGCUUGGUGGUUGCGUGAAGCAGUGCGUGGCAUUUCACAAGGGGGAGAUGGAUGCUUCUUCCUUUGUGCGUGGUCUGCCUCGGGCUGUUGUUGAUGCUACCACCACGCCACUGCUGGCGUAA